AUGUCGAUCUUCAAGAAGCUUAAGAAAGAUGAAAAGAACAAGGGAGCCCCUCUACCGGAACCAGAGCCCGUAAAGCAGCUCGACAAGCGAGUAGGCCUGGAAACAUACCGAGAUUUCUUCACAUUGAAAAACUACUGGAAAACCGUGGACCGGAAGCGGCAAGACGCGGGGAAUGCGAUGUUGUAUAGAUAUUUUGCCAUCUGGGUUUAUCGGCGC